AGUGUUUCAAAAGAGUUUCAAAAGAGAACUGUAGUGAGCCGCAUGAUGAGCCAGAAGAAGAGGUUCAACCCAAACCGCCUGCCUUGACCGGAACCCGCAGCAAGACGUGGACCUCUGAGGGCUUCCAAGCAGCGGGAUUGCAGGUCCUUUUUCUUCAGCUCCUUCAGUUGAAAGUGCAGCCUUCUGUCGGUCCUCCUGCCUGUCCCUCGGACUGGCUCGGUUUCAUUUUCUGAACGUCAUUUGUUCCUUCCCAAGGAAUUAUAGAGAGUUGGAAAUGCAUCGCAAGAGAGGAGAGUAAGACUAGAUCUGUUUCCAGUGGUCCCUCAGAGCUCCGAAAAAGAGGGGGAUUAGAAGAUGCAGCUCCCCUUUGUCGGGAUGAUCCUGUUUUCUCUGCACACUGCCAAAGCACUGGAGAGCUCAGAAGCACCUCCGAAGAUGGCACGGAUCGUGGCUGGUCUCGGGGAGACUGUAACGGUCAACUGCAGCCUUCCAGCAGGUUUUCGUCUUGGGCCAGAUGACAUCAGCUUUUACAAGGAAAAACAAGGCCAAAGCCUGGAGAAGAUUGACUUCCCUUCUAAAUACUCAAACAGAGCAGCUGGAGAUCCAUGGGCUUUGACCUUGCGCAACCUGGAAAGAAAUGACUCUGGGGUGUAUUAUUGCGUUGCCUUUUUAAGGCAGAAGUUCACAAUCAGAAACGGAGUUAUCCUGAUUGUCUCAGGUGCUCUGAGUGCCGUCCGUCCAUCCAUGUUGGUGCCUUCUGACCAGGACUGGAGUCAACUCAACCACAGCAUUCCUCUCCUCUGCCUCUUCUUUGAUGCCAGCCCUUCUUGGGAUAUUGUCUCCUGGAAUAUCGGCGGAGAAACAUCUCAGGAACCAAAGGACAUUGAGAUGAUAGACGAGGAAGGAGCUUUGACCCUCUGGAGCCUGAAGCUGAUUGCUCCAAGGACAUGGGCUCACGGGGUGUCUUAUACCUGUUGGGACCCAAAAAACAGAAGUACCUCUACUCAAGAAAGAGAGGUGCCAAAGACAGGAACCUGCUUGAAGAUGUUACAUUUUGGCACACCUUGCAUUGCCCUCCUCUUCCUGAGCCUCCUUUUAAGCCUGCUCUUCAGAAAGCAUCUUCCUGGAGGAAAGACAAAGAAAACAGAAAAUGGAAUCCCCAUGAGAGAGAUCCCACAGUUCCUUGACGAAAGCGGAGGCAGAUGUUGUCGUUCGCAACAACCAUAAGCGGAGAAACUGACACAGGCCCUUUCC